AUGGACUCAAAUUCGAGGUUGGAGUUCGCAGCCACCAGCGGGCCGGCGCAAGCCUCAGUUUCCUCAGCUGGCCCACGCAGGGAGCGGAAGGAGCUCUCCGGGGAUGCGCUGGCCAGCGGCAGCAGCAGCGGCAGCAGCAGCGAGGAUUCCAGCGCCGGCGGCAGUGGUAGCAGCGACACCAUGGAUCUGUCCUUUAUGGCCGCGCAGCUGCCCAUGAUGGGAGGAGUGUUUAUGGACUCACCCAAUGAGGACUUCAGCACUGAAUACUCCCUGUUCAACUCCUCGGCCAACGUCCACGCGGCCUCCAAUGGCCAUGGGCAGCCGGAUGAGCCCCCGCGGUCCUCCAACGAUGCUGUGCUGCUGUGGAUUGCCAUCAUAGCCACGCUGGGCAACAUCGUGGUGGUGGGGGUGGUGUAUGCCUUCACCUUCUGA